CAAUUUCAGAUUUUUUUUUACCGUUAUAAUUGUUUUUGUAAAAUGUGUUAGUCGAGUUACUUUUUAAUAUCUCAGUGUUUUACAAAUUUUUAAUAAAUAUAUUUUUAUAAAUCUGAGCCAUGCGCAUACCGGAUGAUGUUAUAUGUAAAGUUUGCCAAGGUGUUUUUUGUUGUGCUGAAUGUCGUCACAAACAUGAAAUAAAAAAUCAUGCCAUAGUUGUUCGCAAACCUAUUAUAAUUCAGACUGCGAAUGGUGAUCAUGAAGAAUCCGAAAAUGUGAAUGAUACAGAAACAGCUUUCGAAACAAUUUAUCUCUUUUGCCCAAUCUGCGAAAAGCGACCCUUGCCAUUGCAGCCCGAAUUAAACAAUGAAAUGCUCUUGCACAUAGAGCUAAAUCAUUUGCCAUUGCGAUGUCGGAAAUGCUAUAAAAUUUACAACAAAAUUAAUGAUCUUAAAGAAUUUUCAAAAUGUAUACAUCCUAGCGCCGUAUGCCAUAGUCAGGAAACAUUAGCAUUAAAUCAAUCUUGUAAUACAGACGAAGCUUCAAAGUUAACAGUUACCAAGGCUCCAAUGCCUCAUUGUAUGACAUCACAAAACUCUCCUAUGAGACGUCACGAUUUUAAUGAAAGUCAUAUGACACCAAUAUCGAUUAUCAAUAUGCGUUGGAAAGCCAAAAGUAAAUUAACACACGAAGAGUUUAUAAGUGAUAGUGUUUCGUCAAUAAAAAAUAUAUCGUCUAUAAGUAAUUCCUCAAUUAGGCGUAGCAUGGGUGUGACCUCGGCGGUAAAGGGUAAGGUUAUACGUUGUUCUUCAACACCAGUGCACCUGGAGAUGGUAUUUGCAAAGCCAAAAGAGCAAACAUUUAAUGCGACUGGAGGUGGUCAUAUGUCAAGUAUUCAAUACAAUAGCAGUUGUGAAUCGGACAAUAGUCCAGCAUUUCCACAACCAAGCAGUCAAGCUCUUGAGCCAGUCAAUCGUUAUAUGAAAGUUGCCGGAUCUCGUCCCAGAAUUUCUGCGGUUACACCAUUACGUCAGGUUAUGUCUAAAAGUAUUCAAAAAGCUUUUGCAGAACAUGGUCUUCCAGCGUCUACUGCUGUGAGAGGUUCUAAUGCUUUUCAACGUAAAAAGAUGUUCGAUAACACUUCAUCGCCUGAAGUUAACGACGAACAAUCUCCACAACAUCCUGCCCUAGAUUUACGUUUAUCGCCGGCCGUCAGACGUAGUCAAAGCGAAAGUGUAGAAUCCUUGCAGCAGCAAAUAAUAUGUACCCAGCAAAAGCAACGUAAUGAUUUACCGAAUUUACGACGUAAAAUUUUGCUAUCGGCCCAAAAACAUACAACCGAGUCUAUUGUUAUAACACGUACGGAACAUUUGGCUAGUGUUUCAUCUUCUAAUUCUGCAUCUAGUUCAAAUGGUAGCAUAAAUUCAGUAAAGCCCUACGCUAGCUCCACAAACUCUUCCUAUCAAUCGGCAGGGUCAAAUAGUACAGGUGGUUCAGUAUUCAAGUCAUGUAGCAGCGUCGAAAUUAUUACUGCCACCACAGAACAGAUCCAACAGUUACAAUCCUAUGACAGUGGAAACGUACGACACACAGCAAUGCCACCCUUAACUCCUAUAACUCGUAUACCAGGCGCAAUCAUACACAAGAAGUUAAUAAAAUUUGAGACACCUAAAAUUGAAUCGUGUGACUCGCGUGAUUCUCAAAAUUCUCCGAAUGAUGUGUUUUUUACCCCUAAUGCUACACCUACACAUAAAAACCACGAAAAUGAUUUGGCUGAAAUUAAACAACGUAAGGAUUUGGUAAAACAAAAUCUGAGUGGACGAUUUUCACCACUACGAAGGCCUUCAAUAAAAGAAUGUGCCCAUAGUACUGCUUUCAGUCGUAUAGAAAAUAUAACGACAGAUUUCGAUGAUGAUGUAGAUGUCAUUGAUGAUGAAAAUGAUGAAGUGUUUUUGCCAGAAGAACCAGAUAAGUCGUUACAAAAGUCUAGUGAUGUUAAAAAAACAAUUGAACCUCAACAGUCCAGUGGUUUGUGGUCUUUAAUGACUUCUGUAAUGCGUUUACCAUCACGUAAAGGAUCAAAUCCAAAGGAAUCGCCAAAAAACGAUUCAUAUGUAUUAGUUGAUGCUAAUUCAAAUUCUAUAAUCAAGAGAUGUGCCUCAAUUGCGGGUUCUUUGGUCAGAUCUAAGCCAUUAGUAGAUGAAAAUGAGCUGAGUUCAUUAAAACGCAAACGCACUUAUACUACAGAUAACCAAUCGACCUCAGCAUAUUUGUCACAAUUGAAUAAUUCGGAAGCAACAUCUCCUACCUCAGAUUUGAAUACUUCAUCCAAACGGUUCCGUAUACACGCACGUCGUCCUAUAGAUCGUAUGCGUUUAAAUAGUUAAUAUAAUUUUAUGUGAUUAUUUUUGAAAUGUUUUAAUUAUUUAUGU